GGCGUAUUUUCCAUGAGAUGUUUAUGGUUGUCAUACAUGGGGGACGCCUAUUUAGACUCCCCCAUCCCCCUAGUUCACUUACACCAUCUGGAACAGCAGACGUGAUAUGAACUGUUCGUAGACAGCUCUCCCUAGUAGUUGGACUAGUAAAAUAUCCCCAACCACUACGCAUCACACUAUAAUGGGUUGGAUAUCCCUCCUCCUCUUGCUGGCGCCCGGCGUCCUCGCCAACUUGGACACCUUCCCCAUCGACCGCGUCGGCCCCAUCGAGGCAGCCGACGUGGACUCGUGCAGGGCGGGUGCGAGCGUCCUCUCCGUGUGCGCGGCCCGAACGGACUUUCCGGACAUGCCCGUAGCGUCGCAGGCCAAGUGCGCCUGCUGCGUCGGCACGAGCAACGUCGCUUCCGAAUACCGGGGCUGCGCGACCUACCUCCGCACCGCCCUGCCCUCCGAGACGGCGCUGUACACCACCAACCUGUUGCUCGCCUCGGCCUGCUCCGUCAACAGCGCCCUCUGCGCCGACUCGGCCACGGCCCCGCCGGCGGGGAGCGCCACCGGGACGCCUACCACCACCAGCACCCGCCGUUCCACCACCACGGCCCCGCAGGACCCCGCGGCGUGCUCGUCCCUCCGCUCAAUCCUCACAUCGUGCUCGAAGGCAGUGCCGUCGUUCUUUGACGCCCCAGGGAGCUCGCAGGCUUCGUGCGUCUGCUACAACACCAUCGGCGGCACAUUCACGACCGCGUUCGACCGCUUCGCCUCGUCGUGCGCCUCGUACUACAGGACGGCCAGCCCAACCCUCUACAGCACCAUCAGGUCCCUGUCCACCUUUUGCUCGGGACGACAGGACGCUGCCGCCGAGACGGACAGGGGCAACCCCUGGUUUCCACCGGACAUGACGUCGGCCUCGCCCGACGUCACCACGACCCCGCCGCCUUCCUUCUCGGGGACGACAACGGUCACGAGCUUGGGCGCAGGGUCCACGUCAACCUCGUCGGCCCAGGCCGGUCGGCCGAUUGCCGCGUCGGGUCCGGUAGGCUGGAUUGCAAGCUCGUGGACGUUUCUUGUCUCCCUUUUCAUUCUCGUCUGAGCUCAACUUAGCAAACGAGUAAUUUCGCGCUAGAUGUAUGCGAGUAUGGCUUGGGCCGACCUGGGAAUGCGCAGAGGCUACUACCUCAUGAAGGAGCCUUGGAGCCGACUAGCAUGAUGGACGGGGGCACAUCCUUCCAGCGGGCUGAUAUGGGGGAGCAUAUCGAGUUUAUAUACUCAAUUACAAUCCUUACGAGGGCUACUCCUCCUUAAGGUCUACUCCCACCC